ACGAGGGUAUGCGAUUUAAUCAACUUGCGAUAUCAGCAUUCCGUCUGAGAGUUUCUAAUGAAAAUCUGAACAAAGGUAAACAUAAAGUGCUAAAAGGAACACUUCAGGAGGCUGAUGGGCAUCAGAGGAGCGUCGCCAUCAGAAAAAUCACAGGAGCCAAUCCAUUUGAGCGAUGUAAGGCAGAGAUAGAUAUUAUGCGGAAUAUUGGAGCCCAUCCACACGUCGUGUGCUUCCUAGGUUACUCCAUACAAGACGAUAACACCGUUUUCUUGAUCAACGGCUUUGAAGAAAGGGGCGAUUUACAGAGUUUUCUGAGGGAUAAAAGACGAAGUGGAUCAAAUAAAGAACUGACAGAAGCUAAUCUCUUGCUCUUUGCUGAAAAUGUGGCCGAGGGUAUGGCGCAUCUAUCACAGCUAGAGAUCCUUCAUGGAGACCUACGAGCUGUGAACGUUCUGGUUGGUGGAGACCUGACGGCAAAGAUAUCUGGCUUCCAGCUUGCAAGGCCGGUCGGAUUCGAACCAAAAGAUGUGGCUAAGUUCACCUUUCCACACUGCAGAUGGGCUUCUGUUGAGACUCUGGAGGGGAAGGUCUACUCACAACAGAGUGAAGUGUGGUCAUUUGGUGUAUUGAUGUGGGAAAUCAUGACUUACGGAGCGACACCUUAUGGGAAGAUGAAGUCCAAGGAGAUACGCCACCUUCUCAUCCAAAACUGUCGUCUGGCCUGCCCUAAAUCCUGCCAGAUUCCAUUAUACACUGUAAUGUUAGAGUGUUGGAAAGACGACCCUGCAGAACGACCUACCUUUCAGGAUUUGUCAUGCAGACUGGCCGAUAUGACAACACACGUACAGCAAUACAUGAACAUUGGAAUAUACGAAAGUCUUGACUUCACCUUUGAAGAAGCGGGGGCAGACAGCAGCUACUAA